UUCUUUCUUAACAUACCAUCCGCACAUAUCAUAUUCAUCCAAAAACACUUUAAUAUAUUCAUUAUUUUUUGUUUAGCAUUCCCCUCUCAUAUUAUAUUUAUAAUAUAUACCAUAUAUAAAAAUGUCUAGUGAGGGCAAUAUUGUUGUUAUGGUUCAUUGGAAUGGCUCUACAUCUCAAAAAGAUGAUGAAAUAGAGUACUCCAUACCUCCUAGGGCGGUACUAUGGGUUAGUGAAGGAGAUGAUUAUACUACUAUACAUGAGAAAGUUCUAAAUCAUGUUAGAGGCGACGGAUUUUCCGAAAUUAAAUUAAUUCACGGAAAAUUGCCAAAGUAUAAGAAUUCAGUAUAUGUUGCUUCUAGAUUAUGGCUCAUUCACGAUGAGCGGACAUGGCGUCAUUUUUUCCGGAUCGCUACAAAUGAGUAUGAGGAGUUGCACAUUUACGUGGAAGCUUCAGAGACCCCACCACAAAAUUUGGAGUUCCACGGAACUCCCGGAGAGGAAGGCUCAUCAUCGAUAUAUGGUCGGAGGAACAACCGCCAAAUGUUUAAGAACUAUGAAUCUCCCGGACUUGGCAUCUCCCAACAAAACUAGUAUAAGCAAAUAUAGCUCUUUGACAAAGGCAUAAUAUCGAUGCUCUGCAUAUUCGCUCUGUUUUAUUCGAGCUUGGUUUUCCGGUUCGAGUGCCUACUCAGUUGUUUUGUGAUAAUGUUUCCGCUUCAUAUCUCUCGGUUAAUCCUAUUCAGCAUGUCAGGAGUAAGCAUAUUAAUAUUGACUAUCAUUUUGUACGUGAGCGGGUCGCACAUGGUGAUCUUUGUGUUAAGUAUGUUCCUACACAGGCUCAACUGGCAGAUAUAUUUUUACAAAGUGUUUGUUCCCACAACGGUUUACUCUUUUUCAUGACAAUCUGCGCAUUGUUUCCUCUGCACUGUUUGAGGUGGUGUAAUAGAGUAGAUUAAUUAUUUAUUUAAUGAUUAUUAGUGUGGGACUCAUAUUGUAAUUAUUACUCUUGUUUCGUAUAUAUAUAUCUGUCAGGGCUAACAUUAAGG